AUGUGUAGAUUACUUUCUGUGGUUCUAGUCAGUAUUUACACUAUAUCCAUGUGUACUGGCGCUCACAGCGCAAGCAAAGCCGCAUUACCCAGAGAUUACGGAGUGAAACUGUGCGGCAGAGAGUUCAUCCGAGCCGUUAUCUUCACCUGUGGCGGGUCCAGGUGGAAGCGGUCUGUGGAUCUGGACCUAACUGGAAGUAACGAAAUCAAUCCCUUUCUUCUGAGCUCCUACUCUAACCCCAAGAACAGAGACGAUGAGCUCAGCUGGUCUCAGAGUCUACAACUCGCAGCGGCAAACCAACCUUCCCUCCUCUCUUCAUCCGCCUCCUCCCCCUCUCUUUCUGAACUCCUACAAGCAAUGGAUGACCAGGCUCAGGGAAGGGGAGAUCUGGAUUUCAGUGAGGGAGCAGAGCAAGGAGGAGUCACUGGCUGGCUGGGAGCACUGUUCUCUUCCACAGCACUGGAAGGGGACCAAGCAAGGAGCACAAAAAUUACCUGGCCACACCCAGACAGAAAGAAGAGAAACUUUUCAGUGGGUGUGGCAGGCAUGUGCUGUAACCAGGGCUGUACAAAGAACGACAUUGGCCGACUUUGCUGA